GUUGGAGGAUUUCCCCCCACGUUAUACCAUUUCCAAGUGAGUGUUACUGGAUCAGACACGCAGAGUACCCUGGCUGACACCCAUUUGGCUAGAAAACAACAUGAAGUCCGGCUGUGUUCUUGCUGUUGUAUUUUUGGCAGUUUUCUGCCAUGGCAGUCUUUCUUGCCCAGCUGUUUGCAAAUGCUACAGCAGAAGAAUGGAGGUGGUCUGUAAUGAUGUUCCUCUGAUAGAAUACCCCUCUGAGGGUCUCCCAGAGAACACCACCAUGCUGACAAUCCAGUUCACAAAUAUCACCUCCAUCUCCGAACAGCAUCUCAGUGCCACACCGCUGCUGCAAGAGCUUCACUUAAAUGAAAACCAUCUGGAGAACCUUUCCUCUCAUCUUCUCAGGGGCGUUCCCCAUCUACACACUUUGGAUUUAACAGGAAACAAACUGAGCAAUCUGCCUGCGGAUGUCUUCAGCCAUGCUGUAAUCCGUAGUUUAGUGCUGAAAAAUAAUCUGAUUAACCAAGCUGAUGCAGAGUGGCUUCCUGACAACAGCAGCCUGACCUGGUUGGACUUAUCUGGAAACCAUUUAUCAAAAAUCCCAACCACUUUGCUUCAAAGGUUGCCCAAUUUGGAGAAUGUUGACUUGUCUAACAAUCGUCUGGAGAAACUAUCAUCAAAUUCUCUGGACCCACUGACCAAACUUGGGCGUCUAAACCUGCAGAACAACAAGCUAAACACUUUGGAUGCAUCUGUAUUUCAGAGAAUGCAUAACCUCACUUCUCUGUUUCUCUCCCAAAAUAAGCUCAAUAAACUCCCCUCAAACAUUUUUCAGGAGCUCACUCAGCUCACACACCUGAGUCUGGAUGACAACCAGCUGAGUCACAUUCCAACAGGUUUGUUUGACCCACUGAACUCCCUGGAGGACGAUGGACUGGACCUGACUGGCAAUCCACUACUGUGUGAUGGGAAGGUGGAGUACCUCUGGAGAUGGCUUCAGAAGAACAAGAAGAAGGUCUUCUUGGCAGAAACCAUAACAUGCGCAUUACCUGAGCUACUGGCAGGGCGCUCAGUCAUGUCCCUGACAGAAAAUGAAUUUAAGCUUUCCUGAAGUCUUUUCUUACACUAGCUAUCAUUUGAUAUCAAAAUGUGUUUAAUGCAGCCUGUGACAACAGUUUAAAAUUUUAGUCAGUUAAAUGUUCUGUUUUAAAUAAGUGUUUGAUUAAAUGAGAUAUAAAAUAUAUUUGUGAAAUCCAGUCUUUACAUAAUUUGUCUAAAAAAUGUUGGCUAAGAAAACUUUAAAUAAGAGAAUGAAUAUUCUUCUGAUAGCAUGCAGCUUAGCUUAGCUUAGCUUAGCAUUAAAAAUACUAUCCAAACAGCUAGCCUAGAUUUGACCAAAUAAUAAAAAAAAGGCUUUAACCUCUAGACCACAUGCUAUUAUCUUUUCUAGUAUUCGAAUAAACACAUAUUUUGUUGAGCAACUCUUUACAUGAAGAAUCUAGCUCUCAUUUCAAAGCUUUGUUCUUAGCUAAGCUAAUCAGCUGGUGGAAUUCAUACACGGUUGUAAAUAAAUUUCAUACUUAACUGAAAUAAAGUGUCAUAAACUGUGCAAAUAAAUGAAGACUAUGUAAAGGGUUUUCUUCUGAGGAAAUACCAAUAUACAAAUACUGCACAGUAAACUCACUAAAUAUCCAGUUUGAGGGUAAAGUUGUGAUUUGAGUGAUUUGAUGUGAGCUGGAAUUAGUUAACAUCUUUUUUUUUAUAUCAUGCAGAUGAAAUGCCAGAUAUAAGACUUUUAGAAAGUCACUCAUAUAUUAGAUGAUAGCACACUUAUCGACAGUGUUGUGGGAGUAUGAAUUACUGGAAGCAGCCCAUAUUUUAAGUCUAUUUAUAUCAAGUGUGUUUGAAUAAAAUGAAUUCAUUUAGGCACAGUUUGAGCCAGUGUACCUUCAGUUAUUCAGUUAUACUCACUCAUGCUGAUUCUGAAUGUGGAUGCUAGAAAUACACUAUGAAAUGAA